UUCUCAAAACUGUGUGGUGCGGCCUUUCAGAUGGGGCCUGAUGUUCUCAGUUGGUGCUGUCACUUUUCUCCUACAUCUCUUUUCCUGUGUCCUGUGUGCCUCACCCAAAGUCCCCUGUGGUUUCUGGAGCUUGCAGAGAAUUAGUGCAGGACGUGCCCCGCCAGCCAUUAAAGUGAAAGCAGUCUCCAGUGGCUGCAUAACAGCUCUGUAGUCUAACUGUACACCGACAUGCCGAGUACAUGAAUCAGAAAUGCAACCCAUGUCAAAAAGUUCAGAUCCUGGUUUGCCCAUGGUAUUCAGGGUUCACUGGAAGAUUUUUAUUGGGUGGUUCUAUUUUAUUUAAUUUUUAAUGUCUAUCCCUAUGACAGCAAGCUUACAAACAUUCAGUGACUAAGUGUUCGUUGUCAGUAUGCAUGAGAUGGAGUACACUGAGCCUGUCUGCUGGCACCACUGCAGCUACAGUUUCCUGUUAUCUUACGGGAAAAAAUAAUUGUAUCUUGGCUUAAAGCAGUGAAGUCAUCUGAUUCUGUGCCGUUCUUUCUUUAAGUAUGUUUUCUUCUAAGCGUUGAGAAAUGGGGUGUUUGGUAAUAGGUAUUUGCCACAGUACAGAGGGAGAAAUACUGCCUUCCAUAUGAGGGGAGAAUGAGCUCCGUGCUGUGACAGCUUCGUAGUGCUUUUACACCGGGCUCCUGAGAACUCAUUAAGAUUGAAUUGUCCAUUUGCACUAAAAGUUCACAUUCGCAGCACAGACUUAAGGAAUAAAAAAGUAAUCUGCAGGACAGCACCAGGGCCAUGGCCAGCACUUCAUGCUGGGCUGCUUGCUCCAACCCACCCUCCCCAACCCAGUGUGGCUCCCUGUUAGCGGUGCUGCACUGCUGCUUGCUCAGCACUGCAACUUCCUUCCAGCUCUCUGUUAGAGGAAGUGAAACCACUGAGACGUAUUUUUACGUUCUGAGGUGCCAAAGUAAAAUGAAGCGUUUCGGGCUGAGGGGAAAGGUGGCUGAGAAGAGUGGCUGCUAUGGAGAGUGGGAGGAAAGCGUGUCCGCUCCAUGAUCACCGAUAAGGGUGUGAUAAAGCACGUGCUGCGUUUAGCAGAGUCAUUAAGCUCUAUACUGAGUUGUUUUUCCUUGGAUACUGCCGUCUGCAUUGACAAUUGCAAUUCCAUUUGCGGAACGAUGGCCACGGAUGUCUUCAAUUCGAAAAGCUUGGCCAUUCAGGCCCAGAAGAAGAUCCUUGGGAAAAUGGUGUCCAAGUCAAUAGCAACUACUUUGAUAGAUGAUACCAGCAGUGAUGUGUUAGAUGAGCUCUACAGAGUGACAAAGGAAUACACACAAAAUAAAAAAGAAGCAGAGAAGAUCAUCAAAAACCUCAUUAAAAUAGUCCUCAAAUUGGCUAUUCUCUACAGGAACAAUCAAUUUAAUCAAGAUGAAAUUGCGCUGAUGGAGAAAUUCAAGAAGAAAGUUCAUCAGCUGGCGAAGACGGUGGUCAGUUUCCAUCAGGUGGAUUAUACCUUUGACAGGAAUUUCUUGUCCAAACUGUUGAAUGACUGUAGAGAGCUGCUUCAUCAGAUCAUUCAGCGUCACCUAACAGCGAAAUCGCACGGACGUGUCAACAACGUGUUUGAUCACUUCUCCGAUUGUGAAUUUUUGGCUGCCUUGUAUAAUCCCUUUGGACCUUAUAAACUUCAUCUGCAGAAACUCUGUGACGGGGUCAACAGAAUGCUAGAUGAGGGGAACAUAUAAGCACCUGUGCUAAAGUUGACUGCCCGUGUGUUGUUUGUAGGUGGAACACUGUUGAUUUAUGAAGGAAUAAGGGAGCAUGAAAAUGGGGAUUUCUUUUUUUCUUUUUUUUUUUUAUAUUCUGACAAAUAUUUCAAAAUGAUCUUUAUUAAACUGAUUACUUCUUAUGAGCUAUCCAUUGCUAUUUGCAGUCCAUCUGGAAGAAAGAUGGCACAUUACCUUCUUUUGCUGUGCUUUGCCCAUGGGAACGGAUGGAUAAACAGAAUAGAAUAGAAAGGUCCAAGUAGGGUACACAAAACAGAUACAGAAAACAAACUAACUUGCUGUCAGACAAUCCAUAUAUUUAUAUAAAUAUUUAUAAGCCACUGGUGUCCAGUAAUGUUGGUAACGUGGUGUCAUGGUACACUCUAUGAUAUCUUCAAUUUAUUUGUAACAUUUGUAUCUGAUCGAUUUGUAUUCUUUUAUGCUGUCUGCACAGAUCACAGCUUCCUAGUUUGCCCCUGCAAGACAUUCAGUUUUGCAUAACACCAGUGAUGCUGUCACAGUGUCUGAACUGGUUUUGUGCUUCUCCAGCUCAGCAAUGUCUGAAAGGCCAUCAGGUGAUCCCAGCAGAUGUACACAGAUGCUUUGUUUCCUUUGAUUGUUUCAGGAACAAUAAGCUGCAGUGAAGUAGCCUAAAUGGGGGGAAAAAACACUCCCUAAACAGAACCUGUGGUACAUGCAUAUGAAAUUGUAGGGUAAAACACAGUGACUUACUUCUGCAGUUCCUUAAGAUUGUUGGAAUCCUGCUAAUAUGGCAUAAUUCUUUCAGCAAAGGUCAGCUUAUUUUACACUUUGGGUUUAUGUGCAUUCGGAAAGCUUAAUGAUCUGAAAAAUAAAUUCCAAGCCAGUUUGCUUUGUUUAUAGUGUAUCUAACAACAGAUCAUUUUGGGGUUAUAUGCUCUUGAACUACUGGAGGAGUGACAUCUUGAAUCAGUUUCUGUUCUCAUCUCCCCUCCUACCUUUCAUCCUUCCUCUUCCUCCCUCAUCUUCUCCCUGCCUUGCCCUUGGGGUAAAUAAAUGUGACUUCCUAGACACUGUAAUGUACUUAAAAGUGUGAAGUUAAUACAUUUCAAACACCUGAAGACUUUUGUUAGAAAGCAUAUAAAGAAUUUGCAGUUUAUUUAAUUGCCAGUUUUUUGUUUGCUGUUUGCUAUGUCUGUUUUAAUGAGUAAACCAAAGAAUAUUUGCACUCUGAA